GGCCGGUAUGCCGCGCUGCCAUUGGCUGGCCGCUUCCCCUGAGCGAACCUUUAGAACUCCGAGACACAAUAUUCUGUUACAUUGUAGCAAAAUGGCGACUGUCAUUCACAACCCCCUGAAAGCACUUGGGGACCAGUUCUACAAAGAAGCAAUUGAACAUUGUCGCAGCUACAACUCUCGGCUGUGUGCCGAGCGAAGUGUCCGUCUUCCCUUCCUGGAUUCACAAACUGGGGUAGCUCAGAACAACUGCUACAUCUGGAUGGAGAAGAGGCACAGGGGACCAGGCCUGGCCCCAGGUCAGCUGUACACAUACCCAGCACGUUGCUGGCGCAAAAAGAGGCGUUUGCAUCCCCCUGAGGAUUCAAGGCUGAAGCUGCUGGAAAUUAAACCUGAAGUUGAUCUGCCUCUGAAAAAAGAUGGGUUCACCUCAGAAAGUACAACUCUGGAAGCCUUACUGCGUGGAGAGGGAAUAGAGAAAAAACCAGACACUAAAGAGGAAGACACUAUACAAGAAAUCCAGAGGGUUUUAGAAAAUGAUGAAAAUGCAGAUGAAGUGAAUGAGGAAGAAGAUUUGGAAGAAGAUAUUCCAAAACGAAAGAACAGGCCUAGAGGACGGCCAAAGACCCCCACCUGGAAAAAAAUUUUCCAGAAAAAUGCUCGGGGAUCUGGAGGUGGCAGGAGACGGAAUGAUGCUGCCUCCCAGGAUGAUCAUGACAAACCCUAUGUUUGUGACAAUAGUUACAAACAAAAGCAUAACUCAAAAAUCUCCGACAAAGUCUGUGGCAAGCGCUACAAGAACAGGCCUGGGCUGAGCUACCACUAUGCUCACACCCACCUCGCCAGCGAAGAGGGUGAUGAAGCCCGUGAGCAGGAGACCCGCUCUUCCCCUGUCCACAGAAAUGAAAACCACAAACCCCAGAAAGGACCAGAUGGGGUCAUCAUUCCCAAUAACUACUGUGACUUCUGCCUCGGAGGCUCCAAUAUGAACAAAAAAAGUGGUCGGCCUGAGGAACUUGUAUCAUGCUCAGACUGUGGGCGCUCUGUCAGGCCUGCCCUCAUGGACUCCAGCAUCCUUCAAGCAAGACAUUUCAGAAGACCAAGAGAAGCCAGGAUGCUUUGAUACUUCUUUCCUUGCCCUAACUCUUCUGUACCCGUGUUCCAUCUGGCACAGGAGCCUGGACUGUGGGAAGUUGGCUGCCAACUGUUGAGAGAAGUCCUGGGGAUGCCCUAAGCUGGUGCAAUACAAAGAAGUUUUUUGAAGUCUUGAUUUCACUUUCUUUUAAGUGUGUGUAUAAACCCAGGUCAAACUGGAAUUGAUCUACAGUAGAACUGACUGAAAAACAAACAAACUGAAAAAGACAACUAUUUUAUUUAUUUCGAUAUUUAAGAAAGAAAAGAAGUGCUAAAGUUGCACAGUAUUUUUGUUUGAAAUACAUUUUACUUCAAAUUUUAAAUGCAAUUUUGUGAAGACAUGAAAUUUUAAAAAGCACUUACUGUAAAAUAAAGACUGAAUAUUUACUUUGAGGAAAAAACUUUUUUUAAAUAAUGAAAAUAAAGGUCAACUCUGCUCUCUUGCUUUAAAGAAGCCAUUCAUACAUGUGCUGUGUAUCUUUGUUUUUUGAAAAUUGGAUGUGGUAAGUGAAGAUUGUUCUGGUUUACUUUCUCCUUAAUAAUAUUAUCCUGUUAGAUGCUUAAAACUUACUUUGCUGUACUGUGUUAGGCACAAAUCUAAACAAAAACUGUUGGAUUAGCAAAGACCAGGCUCAGUGGCUGAAUUUUUUUGUUACCAGAUUUUAUGUCUGUUUCAAAGGACUGUCUUCUCCCAACAGGAUUGAUGUGUCUCUUCUGCAUGUUAAAAGAGGUUUGCUCUUGAGCAACUCUGAGAAAUACUUCUGCUGAAAGAGGGGUUUCAAAAAUGAAAGCAACUCUGUUAAUUUUGAUAUUAUUUUUUGCUUUGGUAAUUCCACAGCUCAUUGUGAUUUGUCUGUAAAGGAGGUAUCUCAAUGUUAAGUGCUCUUGGCAUGGAUCUUUCUGUCAAGGAUGAUGCCAGUGUAGAAAACUUGUUUACUUUAGCCCUUCCUUAAGUGGUAGUGGACUUUGAAAAGUGUACAGGUGCACCCAUAUGUCAGCAAUAAGCAACAGGGGUUACUCAGCUGGAGAAGAAUGUGAGUUCCCACAGCUGCAAUUCUAAAUUGUCCUGUAAGGCAGCAGUGAGGGAUGUUCACACCCCAAAUUCUAAGUUGUGAGGCAUUUUCUCAGUGAAAAAAAAAGAUAUUCUGCUUCAAACAAGCACUGGAGGGUUUUGCUGGCUGCCAAAUCUGCUCACAAAGGAUAGCACAGCACUGUUAGUGUCAUGUGAUGCAGUGUAGUAGAGAUGCAGGAUAGCCUUGUGUCCUAGAAGAGUAUUGGACUUGGCUCUCAGAUUAGCUUCUCCUCUGUAACAGGGGUGCCAGAUGUCUGACACCCCUGUUACAGAGGAGAGGCAAACUGAGGGCAAACCAUACCAAAAGGUAUUAGUAUAACCACCCAAGGUAUAGACAGAAAAAAAAUUAGCUUUGUUUAUGUGGCUUAAGUUGGCUUUCAGAGUGAAAAAAGCUAUAUCUACAAAAAUUCAUCCUGGCUAGGUGAAGCUGACCCUGCAUCGUGUUUCUUGCACACCUAGAGCUCAAACUCACAUCAGUAAGAAGUUUCCAUGUGUCAGUAGCAGAAGAUUUUGUACCCUUCUCCCUUCUCCUUCUCCUGUUUCUUCCCAGAUUAACUCAUAGGGCCAAAAAUAGUCAUGUAAGAUGUCCAGCAGACCUGAAUCCUGCUCCAGCUAAAUUAAAUGACAAAAUUUGUGUCCUCAUUGAGCUCUUUAGCAGGAUGGGUUUGUUUCAUUCAUUUUGUUGGUUUCUAAACUUGUAGUGGUAAACGGCCUCUAGAGAAAAAAAAAAUAGUUUCAUUUCUUCAAAAUAUAAGACGCACAACUGUAAUGAAGAUUUUUAAACUGUAGGGUCUCUGUUCAGUUUGUGUAAUAUUCCUUCGAAAUAAAAGUUCUGCUUCCAAUGUCCCUACUGUAUAUUCCUCUGUAAAUACUACUUUAUCGAACCAAUUCCAUAAGGUCUUUUUUAGUACAAAUAAUCUUCUUUUAAAAAGACAUUGUUGAGUACUUGUACAUAUACUUUUCUAAACUCUCCAUUGUUUAUAAUACUCUCUUUGAAGCUUAAAAUAAAACUUCCUCCUCUAUUAAUUUUGUUUCCCUUUUCCAUUUUGUAAAUUAUUACUUUUGUCCCCAGAUUUUUGUUUUGGUAUUUUUUAAUGAACCAUUACCUUAACCAAGAAUUAUCUUCAUUUUUGUCUUUACUUUCUCUUCUCCAUUCAUUGGACUGCAGAAACUGGUCCUGUUGCUUGCUAUAGUGAAGGUAGGCAGGAAAUCAAAAAGUGCUUUUGUGUAG